GUUUUGAUCGUUUUAUUAUGAAUCAAUUCGGCCAUCAAUAUGGUAUUACGCCAUCCUCAGCAUUUUAUUGUCAAGAUAUGAAUACGUCAUUCGGAAAUGUUGCUCCAAGAUCUGGACCUAGACCUUUUGGUUUUGAGGUUCCUCCAGUGGACUUCCAAUCGAUACCACCUCCCUAUCGAAGUGAUGGUGGUUAUUCAGUUAGUUCAAAUCCUCACUAUUAUGCUAGACCUGGUAUGAUGCCUUCUGCUGACGAAACGUGUGUUAAUUAUUCAGAACAACAGCGCCUACCACCCUCUGGUGUUUCCGAAAACACUAAUAUGCCCGUUGACUAUCAAAACCAGUAUGCCUUUCGUGUUCCUGCAGAAGCAUCUAAUUGGAUGUCUAUGAAUUCUUCAGCCAACAGCUUUCAUUCUGAUGUCUACAACCAUCCUUCACAACCGAAUCCUACACCCCAAUCAGUAUACACAGGACCCCCAGUUCGUUAUCAAAGGAAUUCUGAAAAUACUACAUUCCCAAACCGUGGACGUCCUAAACCAUUCGGCCAGUUUAAAGGAAAAAAAGAAGCUACUCGUAUUCGUCCAAGCCACCCACCUGGUGUGACAAAGGAAGCAACAGUUUUCUAUUGUGAAUUUUGCAAAGUCACUUGUGCAAGUACAAGUUCCUACAAAGAACAUGAAGAUGGUCACCGCCACAAGAGACGAGUGUUAAUGGCUGAAGCCGUCAACGAAUUGAAGAAAAAAAUGUGUACUGAUGACGAUUCGUCGUUGGUUGUUACACCUGAAUUUCUACUGCGUUGUGAACUUUGUGAAGUUGCUUGUACUGGUGUCGACUCUUACACAGCUCAUAUAUCUGGUAAACAACACCAGCGUACACUGAAGGUACACAAACAACUGGGAAAACCUGUCCCAGAAACUGAUAAUCCACUUGUACCAGCCGCUGUAGCAGAUAAACUUGCCUCUGAUGCUGCUGCAGCUGAGGAGGUGAAAACUAGUGAAACAAGCGAAAAUGAAGCACCUGAUCCGACAGCGCCAAACAAACUAAUGAAGCAUGUCGACAUAAAACAACUUGUGGGCUCUGAAAUUCCACUUGUCGGUCAAGAGUAUAUAGAAGCAGAGGUCAGUUUAAAUGGUAAAAGUGUUAUGUAUCGUUGUAAAUUAUGCGAGUGUGAGUUUUCAAGUAUUGACACUCGCGACUGCCAUCUACGUGGUCGACGUCAUCGUAAUCAAUACAAAACGAAAGUCGAUCCAUCAUUCGUUGUUGAUCCAAACUCUGGAAAUCAACUUUUCCGUAAAUCAUCCACUGGAAAGGAUAAAAGAAAUAGACGCUCUGAUUCAAAGUCGAACACCAACGGUUUUCCCGCUUCCAAUACCUUACGCAACAGUGGAUAUAUGGGGGUUGGCAGUGCUGCCUUAUUACCAUAUGAUCGUUUACCUGGUAGAAUGUACGGUUCAGAGACGCCUAAUAAAUCUAUGGAAAAUAGAUAUAUUUAUUCCAAGCAUGCUUCUUUGAUGCCAACACCUGUGGAAACUCAGGCAAUGAUGAAUGCUGUUAAUAUUUGCAAGCAAGCUCUGAAAGAUGUUAGUGAUGAUUUAAUAAAGCAAGUACGUUUAACCUUUGACUCCAGUAGUAGUACUAGUGGUGGUGAUAGUGUAGAUGAUUCAAAGAAUGAUGUAGUUAAAGUGGAUGAAAGUGAAGAACAACUAGGCGAACGUCUACUCAUCGGUAUUCUGCACACUGGUUCAUUGGGGAAGAAUUUACUACUGAGAGGUGAAGAUUUAGUCGAACUUGUCUUAAUGUGUUCUCAAUGGCCAACAGAAGAAUUGACAGCUUACGUAUCAACUGAGAUUACACAAAUAAUGAAGUCACUGGAAUCCCGUCUUGAAUAUACUACUACACCAGAGCCUUCUUCGGGAAAAAUUACGGUUGUUGUCUCCUGUCCGGAUCCGUCUGCACUAAACGAGAAUAAUUCGCCGGCUGAUGUCAGUCCAAAGAAACAAUCUUCUCCCACUGUAUGGCCUGUUAUAACUUUGAAAAUUUCACUGUCAUCUCCAGUAGUGGCGGGAGAAAAGACAGUUGAUACUAGAGAUAUAUCAGAAGUACCAAUUAUUAAACGUUUGGUCACUAAUGGUAAACAGCUACCAAAGGAGUUAUGCGUUGAAUCGUUGGAAGCUGUUCACCAGGCAAGGUGGUUUAUGAACGCUUCAUCAAGAGGUCCACUUAACAUGGUCAGUCGUAUUUUACGCGAUUUCCUCCAAUCAAAUGAAUACUGGAUUGAUCUGAAUGAAUUUGAUGUGGAGGCACACCUUAAUCGUCUUUUAUGCCUUGAGUAUGACUUUUUGGCACAUUCUGGUCCAUAUUCAUCUGCCGGUGCUCCUCCAUCUUCUCCUAACCAAUCGCCAAGAACUUUUGUCCCACCAUAUUUGAUGCAUGAUUUAUUUCAACCGUGUAAAUUGUUGCGUAGAUUUUUUGAAUCAUUGGCUUGUGGAUACAUGUAUUUGGCUGUUGAACAACAUCAACAGCAACAACAAAAAUUGUCCAACGGAGAUAAGAACAAUACUGCUGCACUCAUGCCUCAUGACGAUGCAAUUCCUCUAGCCUGUUCUAAACCAUUUUAUCUAACCGUUAACAAGGGAAUUUCAAAGGAUGUCUGUGAAAAGAUAACUCUCUCCGCGCAACGGAUUGUACGACAGAUUGAAUUUAAACAAAUUUAUAAAGUGCUUCUUAUGGAACCUUUUCCUUCACCAUAUAAGAAUAAUUAUAAUAAUAACAAUACAGAUGAAAGUCAAUCUGAUCUCACGUAUGACCAAAGUGUUGAUGAUAUGUCUGAAGAUCAAGAUGCUGAAUACUGCACAGGUGAUGCUGGUGUUAAAAGACGCCUGCCUAAUAAUAGCGAUAACAUCAAUUCUGGUGAAACGAAUGCUGACAAUGAUGAGGAGGAUGGUGAUGAUGAUGACGGUGUUCAAGAGGUUCCAAUUAUGCCUGAAAAAAUAGAACCUUUGUAUAAUUCACCUAAAAGAAGUCGUAGUGAUCCUCAGUAG